AUGUUCUCUCUUUUCUACAAUGUAUUCUCUCAUUUUACACUCUGUUCUUUUCUCUUUUCUUACAAUCCAUUCUAUACUCUUUUCUACAAUCCCAUUAUUUUCUCUUUUCAUGAACCCGUUCAUUUUUCUGCAAUUCUUUCUAUUCCCUUUUCAACAAUCGAUUCUAGUCUUUUCUACAAUAUAUUCCGUUCAUUUCUUUCUUGUACAAUCGAUUAUAUUCUCUAUUCUGUAAUCUAUUCAAUUGUCUUUGUUAUAAUCGAUUUUCUCUUUUCAUCAAUCCAUUUAUUUAUCUUGCCUAAAACCAAUUCUUUUUCUACGAUCCAGUCUUUUCUCUUUUCUAAACUCCAUUCUAUUUUUUUUUCAACGUCCAUUCAUUUUCUUUUCUAUCAUAGUAUAUACAUUUUUCUCCGUAAUUUCCGUUCUAUUUUCUUUUACUACAAUAAAUUCUUUCCUUUUUUCGAAAAUUCAUUCUUUUUACUUUCCUACAAUCAUUCUAUACCACGUUCUGCAGUUCAUGCUAAUCAGUUUUCUGCAGUCAUUUAUUUUCUCUUUUUAUUUAUCUAUUCGUUUCUCUUUCGUGCUAUCCAUUCUAUUUUUCUACAAUCGAUUAAUUUCUCCUUUCAUCAUAUUAUACUGGUACAUAGAUAA